UGCCUCUAUCUCUAUUACAUCAAGAACUCCUCCCAUCGACCACGAAUUCCUUUUCGUGAUCUUCGUAUAUUAUUCACUUGCUCUUAUCGAGGAAGUGAGCUCUUUUUCGUACCUUUGCACAUAUUGCACAUUUGUUGACUGUUCAACGUAAUCCGCAGCCAUGGAAGAAGAAGUAGCAGCCCUCGUCAUUGACAAUGGCUCUGGUAUGUGCAAGGCCGGUUUCGCUGGUGAUGAUGCUCCAAGAGCAGUUUUCCCUUCCAUUGUUGGACGUCCUCGCCACCAUGGUAUCAUGAUUGGUAUGGGCCAGAAGGACUCGUACGUAGGAGAUGAGGCACAGUCCAAGCGUGGUAUUCUCACCCUCCGCUACCCAAUCGAGCACGGUGUUGUCACCAACUGGGACGACAUGGAGAAGAUCUGGCAUCACACCUUCUACAACGAGCUGCGUGUUGCCCCUGAGGAGCACCCAGUCCUCCUUACUGAGGCGCCAAUCAACCCCAAGUCCAACAGAGAGAAGAUGACACAAAUUGUUUUCGAGACUUUCAACGCCCCAGCGUUCUACGUCUCCAUCCAGGCCGUCCUGUCCCUCUACGCUUCCGGACGUACCACCGGUAUCGUUCUCGACUCCGGUGACGGAGUUACCCACGUUGUCCCCAUCUACGAGGGUUUCGCUCUUCCUCACGCCAUUGCUCGUGUCGAUAUGGCUGGCCGUGAUUUGACCGAUUACCUGAUGAAGAUCCUCGCUGAGCGCGGUUACACCUUCUCCACCACUGCCGAGCGUGAAAUCGUCCGCGACAUCAAGGAGAAGCUUUGUUACGUUGCCCUCGACUUCGAGCAGGAGAUCCAGACCGCCAGCCAGAGCUCCACCUUGGAGAAGUCAUACGAGCUUCCUGAUGGACAGGUUAUCACCAUUGGUAACGAGCGUUUCCGUGCUCCUGAGGCUCUGUUCGCCCCAAGCGUUUUGGGUCUUGAGAGCGGUGGUAUCCACGUCACCACCUUCAACUCCAUCAUGAAGUGUGAUGUCGAUGUCCGCAAGGACCUUUACGGCAACAUCGUUAUGUCUGGAGGAACCACCAUGUACCCCGGAAUUUCCGACCGUAUGCAGAAGGAGAUCACUGCUCUUGCACCAUCCUCCAUGAAGGUUAAGAUCAUCGCACCACCGGAGCGUAAAUACUCCGUCUGGAUCGGUGGAUCCAUUCUCGCCUCCCUCUCGACCUUCCAGCAAAUGUGGAUCUCUAAGCAAGAGUACGAUGAGAGUGGACCAUCCAUAGUUCACAGGAAGUGCUUCUAGAUAAGCUUAUUAUUCGAUGGUCAUUGCUGGUGGAGAGCCUUUCUUAAAAUAGGUGAAUAUGCCUCGGAUUUGAUGCUUUCGGCGCGAGUUGUUCCGGACGCUUUGCUCCUCUUGUGAUUUUAAUGGCACAGCUCCAUGGUGUAGUCAAAGCGCUCAUAGAAGUAUCAAUGCAACAGUUCUCU